AUGUCGAAGGAAAAGAAAGAGGAGCUCGUACCUAGCCUCGUCACCGAGUUUCGGGAACUUGUUUCGCAUACCGUCAUUAAACCUUCGCUUCUGCAGGUACUUGAACAAAGGCUUGACCAGCUCGUCCACGAAGUCGGAUGGGAUUUGGACUUUUGCUUUAAAAUCCUUGGUGACCAGAGUCACCAGGAUCCGCUCGUUGAACGGCAAGUUACCGCAGACGAGCCUCCUCUCCUUUGCAAAGGUCAAGCCCUCGGCAUCAGGCGAGAAGAUGUCCUCGAGAAACUUGUCUUCGUGCUGCUCACGAUGCCCACGAAACAGUCGUUCCAGCUGCGGUCGAGUCCAUUUGACCCCUCGCUGAGCUUCCCACUCUUCCACCACCUCGAGGCUACACGCUGGCACGAUAUCCUGAUAAAAUGCCCUCAGGGGCCUGUCAUCCACCGGCUCAUCAUACAUCAGUCUCACGAGCUCGCUGAGCUCUGCGCGCCUUUCGGUCCUUGCCUUCUGGGCCGACGCCGUGCGCCCUAG